UAUAUUUUCUAUAGUAAAAAUGGGAAAAGUUUGCAUCGUAAACAGUUGCCAAAGUGGGCGUAAGAGGAAAAAACAGAAAAAUGUUACGAAAUCCGUAUCUUUUUUCCAACCAACGGUAAGUAUGUAAUUUUCACUACACCUUAUAAAACAAAGUCCCCCGCCGCGACUGUCUGUUCGUGGGUUUGAAUGUAUCUUUGCGAUAAACAAACUACUGGACGGUUUCAGUUCGAUUUUCAUGCGGUUUUCACCUAUCAAUAGAGUGAUUCUUGAGGAAGGUUUACUUAUAUAAUUUGUUGACUAGUGCGAAGCCGGUCGCUAGUUAUUUAAUAAAAUAUUAUAUUGUGAUUUUUAUAUUUUUCUUAUAAAUUUCACAAUUUCACUUCAACAAUUCUUCAUUUUUCUAUUAAUUCUCAGACUCCGGCACGGUUGGAAAGUUGGAAAAAGUCGUUAGGAAUUGCAUUAAAAGCAAAUGAUUAUAUUUGCCAUCUUCAUUUUAAAGAAGAAAAUAUAAAUAUGUACGAAAAGUUAACUAUUAAAGGAGAGCUCAAAUAUAUUCCUACACAAAGAAAAACGCUUAAGGAAGAAGCUGUGCCCACGAUUGAGCAUCAGUUUAUUCCCAUUCCCGAACAUGAACUCCAAGCCAAUACUAUUCACAUAGAGGAAUCUUUCGAACCAUACCCCAAUCAACCUAAGGACGAGCAGCAACAACAAAUCAAUGCCGAGCAACAGGAAUUAUCAGAAGAUCAAAAUGAUUCUAAUUAUUUAAUGGAUUAUGAAAUGAUACAACAGGACUUUGCGGAACCAUUGUUUAGUCAAUAUCAGGAUACUAAUGUAACAAUAAAUCCAAUAGAGAAUUUUAAAAGUAAGUUUCGGGCAUUUUCGUUGUUGCCGCCUUUUUGGCUACAUGCAGAAAAUCCUAAUGGGCUGGAAUUUAUGCGAAUGGAUCCAAAAACUCAGAAGAUUAAACAUCAUAUACGUUUAAACGAUGAUCUAACUGUCACUGUAAUUUUUCCCAAUAAUGAACAAUUGCCACUAAAGGAGAAAAUUAAUUCAUAUGACAACACCUACGAUUACUUAAAAUCGGUUGAAAGAUGGCCUUUGUGCGUUGGUACUCAGAUUGACGACAAUAAAUUUUGUAAAGGUGUGAUUAUUGGUGAUGAUACUUACGAAAGAAAUCAACAGUACCCAAGAUGUAAAUCUUGUCGAAUAUUACGAAAUCGUUUGCAGAACCGUAAUUCCACUUCAACUCUAUUACAAAAAAUGGCAGAAGCUAAACGGCGCGCUUCAAAUCUUGUACAUAAAUGCAAGCGUCUGAAGAGGACGACCCCUUACGGAACUGUGAAAAAAAGACAUUGGGAAGCGGUAUUAGAGGAAGAGAAUUAUCGUCAGCCUAACUUAAAAAUCGCUUACAAGUUAACACCAGCGCAUUUGAAACCGAAAGGUUUUCAAGUAAUGAAUGUUCCUCUUGCAACUGAAGUGUUUGGUCACGAAAUUUCGGUCGCCAUGGCUCACUAUCAACCCUAUUGCGAGGAAUUGAAGGAUUCAACUGCAACACAAAAAUUUAUUGAUCUUGUAUUCAAUUUGAUACAAGCUAUGUCUUCGCGUAUACCAAGAGAUGCUCUGUACGUGAAUGAAAAUUGCAGACGAAGAAAGGCGAUCCAGGAAUUUUUAGAAUUCCUUGCAGACUGGGAAAAGCUCGAAAAAAAAAUACCUGUGUCAAGGAGCACGUUAACUGGAUUAAAAGUAACUUGUAAAGUUUUGUGAUACAACAAAUUGUAGACUUGUGAUACAAUUUACAUAUUUGUAAGAAUUUUCCACUACAAAUUUGUUACUUGUGGUACGCACAUUUGUAUUAUUACAAACUUGUAACUUGACACUUGUAAAAUUGUAAUUGUAAGUUUUGUGGGAUAGGCCACUGUCCUUACAUGCCUGUUGCAAAGUUAGUACUAUUAUAAAUGCAAAAGUGUGUCUGUUACCUCUUCACGCUUAAACCGCUGAACCAAUUUAGAUAAAAUUAUGGAGAUAGUUUGAGACCCGAGGUCCUAUAUUUUUUAUUGAAUAAUAAUUUUGACUUGUUUUCAGAGAUUUUUCUCCGUCAUGAGAUAUUCGUGUGGAGGAAACGAUCACCCUGAUCCCAAAAUGUUUGCACAAGUUUACCGAUUGGCGUCUUGUUUUUCCCUAAUACGCCCUCCGAAAGGUUGUAACGUUUCCGGCAAAGAUUUGCUGAAGAACUUACUAGGAGCAAAGGAUAUGGUAACUGGUUCAAACGAGGCUAAGCAAGCAUGGCUGGAAAGCCUCGACCAUAUACUAGAUAAUGGUGAACCAUUGAUUGAUGGUUAUGAAGACCAUGACUACAACGAGGCUGUCACCAGUGACGCGGUGCAGUCUUACAUUGCUGGGUACAUCGUCCGCAAAUUGCGAAAAAUCGUAAAAUGCAAUAAUUGUUUGAAACUCAUACAAAUGAGUCCCAAUGAGGGAAAAAUGUUAAUGAGAAACGACGUAAUCGAUAAAAUGGAUUUAUACGGCGGGUUAAUUUAUGCUAGUGACGAUCUAUUCAAUCUGACCAAAAUGAUAGAGAAAUGUGUGUUAAGAGCAAUAAGCAAAGCUUUAACCAAUAUGGAGACGAUCAGUGAAAUUACGCAAGAAUU